GACGCUGACAACGCGGAAGUGUGUUGUCAACAGUAACGCAGGAAGCCGCUGAAACCAACUGUCCUCAGUCAGACACGAUGACCGACACCGGCGAUAUCAGAUACUGUCACAGAUUCUCCUAUUUGGUCCUCAAAUUCACGCUGUUCGCCUAUGCCAUCGGCUGGUGGCUGAUAGGGGGCUUUAUCUUGGCCAUUGGAAUCUAUGCUGAGGUGGAGAGACAACGCUACAAGACUCUGGAGGGCAUGUUUUUGGCCCCGGCUUUAAUCCUUAUCCUUCUGGGAAUUACCAUGUUUAUAGUUUCAUUUAUCGGGGUCUUGGCUUCACUAAGGGACAAUCUGACCCUGCUGAAAGUGUUCAUGUACACGCUGGCUGUGUGUCUGAUCCUGGAGCUGCUGGGAGGAAUAUUGGCGCUGGUGUUUCGCAACCAGACGUUGGAGUUACUGAACAAGAACAUUAGACGAGGCAUAGUCAACUACUACGAUGACCUGGACUUCAAAAACAUCAUGGACUUCGUACAAAAGAAGUUUCAAUGUUGUGGAGGUCAAGAGUAUAAAGACUGGGGGGUCAACAUGUACCACAACUGUACUGGGAAUGGUCCACUGUCCUGCGGUGUCCCUCAUACCUGCUGCGUUACUACUGAGCCAAAUGAAGUUGCCAACACUCUGUGUGGGUACCAGGUGUUAAUGAAAGAGCGUUUGGAUUUGAUUGACACCAUCCAUAUCAGAGGCUGCACUGAUGCUUUCUUUAUCUGGCUGAUGGAUAACUAUAAGGUUAUGGCUGGACUGCUACUAGGGAUCCUACUGCCACAGUUCUUUGGUGUGAUAGUCAGCUGGCUGUACAUCACUCGUGUAGAAGAUGCCAUCAGUGAGUGCAGUCACCACACUGAUGGACUACUGAACUCAAAUGCAGAACAUAAAGGAGCCAAGAGCCAGGGUCACAUGGCCAAAUGGUUUCUGUGUAUGCCAGAGACCGACUGAUGGACACACACACACCCUACAACUAAUGGACUACAACCAUCACUUACAGUUUGUUAAAUCGCUGCAGUCAAUUCAGAUACUGCUGCAGCCACUGUAGGCGCCUGCCUCUAAACUGCAGGUUUAUUAUCAUCAUUCAAUCAACCAAUUGAAGUGUUUUUUAUUGUUGUGGGAAUAAUACUUUUUUUUUGCAGCCAAAUUAAAUAGAGGUUGAUGUUGAAGUGUUCUUAUUUAUGGUUUUACAUACUGUGUGCGUCCGAAACAGUAAUGUUUGCAAGGUCCCCUGUGUAAUCAAUAAUUCAUUAUUGUGUUGGCAUGCUGUGUGCUGAUGCACGAGAGGGAAAGAAGAGCUCAUUUAGACGUGGGCUUUUAGCUAGUAUGUGCCUCCACCUGUCUCAGGGAUGAACACAAACACUUUAAUUGUACGAAGAACUGGAGACACUGUUUCAUUUAAACAUUUGUGCCAGUAGAAUCAAUAUUUCCUCAACCCUGUGUAUCUCCCUGUGACCACAAGUGCUCACUAAAUCUCCAAGAUGAGUCCAGCACAUACAAGUGUUGUAUCGAAAUCUUAGAAUUAUUACAGACAUUUUCAUGUUUCAAAACUUAAUUUAAACCUGAAUCAACCAUUUGUCUGUUCAUCAAGAGUGUUUUUACUGUAGAAAUGAGAAAAUGCUUAGCAGGCCGAGCUGCGCGGAGUGAGAGAGUCUGCUUAUCAGACAGAUUUUAUGCUUCAUGAUGAUUUCAUCGAUGAGUUAUAAUGCAGCAACAAGCUGAUAUCUCAUUCUUAUUGUUCAUUACAGCAGGUCUGUCUCAUCCAAACUUUUGUUUAUGUUCCUUUAAUUAGCAGCAGAAAAUAGAUAUGUGAGGACAUGUCAUUGAUUUAUAUUUAAUCACUACGACAGAAAGGUACAAAUCUGCAAAGUUCAAUAAAAAAAAAUAAAAAAAUGUGUCGUAAGUUUGAAAACAGCGUCUGUGCCCUCUGAUCAUCCAGUGGCCUUACAACAACUUUUCACCAUUCUCACUACAAAUGCAUUUCUGAACAUAAACAAAGUAGCAGUUACAUUGACCUCAAAACACAUUUUAGAUUCCCCCUAAAAACAUCCCUCAGUUUAAAAUCCAGUGUGUUUGAAUGGUGGCAUACAUGCUUUUGUUAUAAUCAAGUAUAAAUGUCAUGAUUUAGUGAACUCUGUCGGUUUGAUGUGAAGUUUGAACCUGAAACUAAAAAGCCUGAUCUUUGUUGAAGUGAAUUUCUUCUUGUUAAAAUGCCUUUGUGUCUUAAUGUAACUUUAGACAAAAU